AUGGGGUUUUGUGAUAGUUGGGUUCGUCGUAUUAUGGAUUGUCUGUCAAGUGUCUCUUUUGCUUUCAAGAUAACCGGGAAAAUUUCUGGUUCCGUGAUCCCGUCAAGAGGUCUCCGACAAGGAGAUCCUAUAUCUCCCUAUUUAUUUCUCAUUGUUGCCGAUGCUUUCUCUACAUUACUGUCUAAGGCUGCCAGUGAGAACCGUAUUCAUGGGGUGAAGAUAUGUAAUGGUGCCCCCAGAAUAUCGCACCUGUUUUUUGCAAAUGAUAGUAUACUUUUUUCCAAGACGUCUGUUGGAGAAUGCUCUAUUAUAGUUGAUAUUAUCAGCAAAUAUGAAAGAGCAUCUGGUCAAAGUGUCAAUCUAGAUAAACUAGAUGUCAUUUUCAGCAAAGAGUCGCUCCUUCACUCGGUACUGCAAGCUCGAUAUUUUAAGCACUCUUCUGUGUUGGAGGCUUUUAGGGGCCAUGAUCCGAGCUACUUGUGGCGGAGUAUAUGGGGGGCGAAAUCACUUCAAUUGGAUGGUUUGACGUGGAGAGGGGGAAAUGGGAUAAAUGUCAAUGUUUGGAUGGAUGAUUGGCUUCCUGGGAGCAGCAUACCACCGGUGCCUAUGAAUGGUCAGACUGUUGACCCAGAUAUGAGGGUAAUCGAUCUCCUUGAUGCAGAAUGUGGAGAGUGGGGUAGUAUGGCUGUCAAUGAGGUCUUUUAUAGGAGACAUAUUGUAGAUGAUGAGCUAUGUAGGUACUGCGGAGUUGAAGUGGAGUCGAUCAUACAUGUCUUAUUCCAGUGCCCGUUGGUGAGAGAGAUGUGGGAGAAUAGUAGUUAUGCGAGCAUUGCCUAA